AUGGCCACUCGUGAGAUCUGUCAGCGCAUGGGGGCUGAUGGAUUCCAGAACAAAGUGGCAGCACCUCGUGAUCGGAAGCUGGUCAGAAAGGCAGAGAAGCCUGUAACUGUCACUACCUCCUGUGGCCAGAUGACUCCUGCUUUCAUGAAGGAGAAGUCCAGCACUACCAAGCAGAGUCUGUCUGCCACUCAGGAGGUUAAGCUGCCUCAGAUUGCUCAGCUUCGAGACAUGAGGGAAGCAUCUCAUCCCAAGAUGACUCCUGCUUUCAUGAAGGAGAAGUCCCGCAUUACCAAGCAGAGUCUGUCUGCCACUCAGGAGUUGAAGCUGCCCCAGAUUGCUCAGCUUCGAGACAUGAGGGAAGCAUCUCAUCCCAAGAUGACUCCUGCUUUCAUGAAGGAGAAGUCCAGCACUACCAAGCAGAGUCUGUCUGCCACUCAGGAGUUGAAGCUGCCCCAGAUUGCUCAGCUUCGAGACAUGAGGGAAGCAUCUCAUCCCAAGAUGACUCCUGCUUUCAUGAAGGAGAAGUCCAGCACUACCAAGCAGAGUCUGGCUGCCACUCAGGAGUUGAAGCUGCCCCAGAUUGCUCAGUUUCAAGACAUGAGGGAAGCAUCUCAUCCCAAGAUGACUCCUGCUUUCAUGAAGGAGAAGUCCCGCAAUACCAAGCAGAGUCUGUCUGCCACUCAGGAGUUGAAGCUGCCCCAGAUUGCUCAGCUUCGAGACAUGAGGGAAGCAUCUCAUCCCAAGAUGGCUCCUGCUUUCAUGAAGGAGAAGUCCUGCAUUACCAAGCAGAGUCUGUCUGCCACUCAAGAGGUGAAGCUGCCCCAGAUUGCUCAGCUUCGAGACACGAGGGAAGCAUCUCAUCCCAAGAUGACUCCUUCUGCUUUCAUGAAGGAGAAGUCUCUAACCACGAAGCAGAGUCUGGCUACCUCUCAGGAGUUGAAGCUGCCCCGGAUUACCCAGCUUCGCGAUAUAAGUGAAGCAUCCCAUCACAAGUUCUCAACAGUUGACCUGGACCGAGGCUUGUUCCAGCCUCUCCCAUCGGAGGUUGUAUUUCAGAGCUAUGUCCCUCAUGAGGUCUAUGAAAUGCCACUGGUUCUGAGGAAUGUAGACAAGGUUCCUCAGCGGCUGAAGAUUGUCAUGGAGAGCUCACUGUAUUUCAAGCUAGAUGUCCCCAGUGGUAUGUGCCGUAAGGUAGCACCUGGCAUGACUACAUCUUUCCACAUCCUUUUCACCCCUGAGGAGAACAAGGAUUAUUUCCACCAGCUCACCUGCAUCACAGAAAGGGAAAUGUUUAAUGUCCCUAUUCGAGCUAUAGGUGCUCGAGCUAUCCUGGAUUUCCCUGACCAGCUGAACUUCUCCAUCUGUCCAGUCAAGUACAGCACCCAGAAAACUCUGCUAGUUCGCAAUGUCGGUAAUCGGGAGGCCCGCUACUGCAUCAGCACUCAGAGCCCUUUCUCUGUCAAUCCCUCCAUUUGGAACCUUGGAAUUGGUGAAGCCACACAAGUAACGGUGGAGUUUCACCCGCUGGAAACUGGGGAUCAUUCUGGCUCCCUGGUAGUUCACUAUGACACGGGUGAAGCUAUCCACACAAGCCUUUAUGGAGUGGCUGUAGAUGUCAACAUCGGGCUGGAGAGGAGCUCCUUGAAAAUUGAGAAGACUUACCUUACUCUGUCAAACCGCAGCACUGUGGUCCUCCGUAAUCAGAGUGAAAUCACAGCCCACUUCCAGUGGAAGUCUUUUGCUUCUCAGGGAAAGGAAGAUCAGGAGAAGCUGAGGCUGUGUCACAAGCUGCAGAGGCACAACGAGAACAUGGAUUAUUUUCUCUUAGACUGCACGGAGAACCCCAUUCUCCCAGGAGACCUUCCUCUUCUCUCUGCCAUCUUCAAGGAAAAAAUGUCACAAGUGCAAAGAGACCCCAUGCUUUUCUCCGAUGAUGUUUUCACCAUUGACCCAGUGGAGGGAGAUGUCUUGCCAAAUUCUUCGAUUGAAAUUAAUGUGAUCUUUAAACCUCAAGAAGCCACAGUCUAUCAAAAAAUGGUUUACUGCGACGUCUCAGGCCGUGAAACCAGGCUGCCCUUGUGCAUUGAAGGAGAAGGCAUAGAACCCCAGCUCCGUUUAAGCUUUGAGCAGCUGGACAUUGGGAAGGUUUUUGUUGGAUCAACCAACAUCUAUGAGGUGAUCCUGUUUAACAAAGGAGCCGUUGAUGCUUCCUUCAUCUUGGUGCAUCCAACUACAGCUCUGGCCUCCUGCUUCACCUUUGUGCCCCGGGAGGGCACCAUUUCACCAGAUGGACUCCAAGUCAUCAAGAUCUCCUUCAGUUCCAACAUCCUGGGGAAGUUCAAGAAAGCAUUCAAGUUCAGGAUGAAGGGAUCCCCUGAGUUUGUGACUUUGACUAUCAGGUCAGGAGGGAUAUAG